UCAACUGCCAGUGCUGCCGUGAUCGGCUACCUGCAGCAGUCAUGAUGGACGAAGAAAACGAUGAAGAUAACAGAGAAUUUCCGGAAAAAAUGGCGGCGUUCACGAAAGUCGUGCAGAUUUCACGAAAUGUGAACAGUAUAACGAAGCUGUUCACAAAUUUGUCAUUAACCUCGAAUGUCAUCACUUCUCCAAAAUGUUUAUUUUUUCGCAGCAUACCAGCUUUGCACUCUGCAUUUAUACACAUCACAUCAGAACGUCGUGACUUAAUGGAAUUCUUUGACGAUCCAAAAAAUUGGGGACAGAAUGAAGUAAAAGUUGGCCGGUCUUGGAGAAAAGAUGAAUUAAGACUCAAAAGUAAUUCUGAUCUUCACAAGUUGUGGUUUGUUCUAUUGAAAGAACGUAACAUGCUUUUGACUAUGGAGGAGGCAUGUAGUAAAGCUAUUGAAAUUUUUCCAAGUCCAGAACGUUUAGACAAAGUUCAAGACAGCAUGGAUAACUUAGAAGCAGUCGUUCGUGAGAGAAACAGAGCAUACCAUUUGCUUGAAACAGGUGAAACAGGAGAGCGUCCUGGAAAAAUGGUUGCUAAUAUCCUAGGUCUAAGAUUUUUUUAUCGAAUGCGUCAGUAUACUGUUCCAAAAUUUAUGAAUCGUUUGUGGCAUAAAAAGCAUUUAUUUGGUUAUGGUGGAUAUGCAACUCAAAAAUUCUUACGUCUAUAUAGAGAAAAGCUUUGGAAUGAAAAACGCAAAGCAAGAAAUCGUGACAGAAAUCGUGUUGCUGUAUUACUAAGAAAAUUUCCGAAUCUCGAUAUUGAAGCUUUGAAAGACAAAUAUCCAGAUGUGGACAUAGAGAAAAUAAAACACUUAAAAACAGCAAGAGGUCACUGCGCACCUAAGUAGAUUUGAUGUUGAUAGAAUAGUAAAGUAUCUAAUUUUUCAAUAAUACAGAUUAUUAGAUGAUUUUAUCUAUUUACUGUUUUUAAAAUUUAUAUUUACAAAAUUACAAGUUCUGUAAUUUUCGAAAUGGACAUAUAUUGCUUAAUUAAUAGUGCUUCAUGACGUAUAUGCUAAAUAUACUACAAUUGUAUAGAUAAUCUGUUACAAUAUAUAUUUCUUCUUUUA